AUGAGCAUUUCUGGCAAACAAAUCAAGCACUCGACUUGCAAAGCCGUGAUUCCAGGUUCAGUGGGCCAAGUAGACGAGUCCUGGGUGCUUACAGAGCCUGGGCUGGAAUCUUCCAACAAUUUUAAGGGGUUAUCUGGUCUGUUUUUGAACGACAAGCAUGACCUUGUCGCCCCCAAGAAAACAGAUAGCCACGACUCCUUGUCCGAGCUAUUGCAAGCUUCACCUCUGCAAACGACACGGGCAAUAUCAGUCGCUUCCACGAAAAGUCACUCGAGAUGGGCCAACAUCAUCAGCACCCUGAUUGCGGCCGAGCUGCUCGUAGGAUCCAUCCUGGGGCUCUGCUUUGUGGCCGGACUCAAGAUCAAGUUCGUCAUGAUAGCCGUCUUUUGCCGCCUUCUUCACCCUGAGCCUGGGCAUCAUCAUCAACGCCAGGCGGCCCGGGGUCUUUGCGGCCACUGCGGUCAAUCAGGAUCUCGCUGGUCAAAGUGGGACCUGGAAAAGGGGCAGGGGCAGUAA